AUGAAGAAGAUUUAUCGGAUUCCAACGAAGAGUCAAAUUCGAUGGAUCUUCAGACACCGUCAGGUAAAAGAAUCCUCAGAGAUCGACCGGUUAAACCAUCAACAAAAGUUAAAGAGAUGCAUUGACAAUCCGUAUCUCGAGGACGCAGGAAUCAAGGACGUGGGAAUCGAGGUGGAAGUGGUUAAGGGUCUUGUUAACAAGUCAAUCGAAGCGCGGAAGAUUUUGAUUGCAUUUGGUGGUGGCAGCAGACCCGUGACCAAGGCCCUGGACCAAGGCAGCGAGGAUGUCAUUGUCCAAAGGCAGCGACCUCAAGAGUCGAGAAUCACAUGGUUGAUCGCUUGCAAACUUGGCUCAUCGAAGCCAGCGGGAUACGGCGUCGGAGGUGGCGACGUCAAUGGUGGCGAGUGA